GAUUCGAUCACGUAACCUUUGGGUUGCUAGACGUUCACGUUAUACUGUUGUGAAAUGUAUUCGUUCACGUUAUACAUACCAACCUCCCUCCUUUCGUUUCUGUCUUAAGUAACCUCCUGUCUUUAUCUGUGAUUGAAAUUCUCUUAAAAAAUGGUAUACUGCACACAAAUACAUUUCACAAUAAUCUGUGACACCGGGUUGCUAAACAACGUGUUUCAAGCAACUUCCUCUGUUUCGAUGACAAAAUCCUGUAUUUCCUCACCACUUUAUUUACCUGUCUGUCUGUCUGUCUCGCUCUCUCUUUCUCGCUUCCAACUCUCAGGAUGGAAACCACAGCAUGGAAUAACACCAGCUACUUCUCUACCAACUCAUCCCCUCCAAACCCAUCCAUCCCUUAUUAUGUUGAAAUCUCAUUUCUCCUGGUUGCUAUGGCCAUGGGUCUCCCCGGAAACCUCCUUGUGGUUUGGACCAUACUAUUCCGCCUGAAUCGCCAUUCCAUCACGUCCCUCCUCAUCCUCCAGCUAGCGGCUGCUGACGCACUUGUGCUGCUCUCCGCUCCCUUCUUCAUUCACCAGCUCUUCAUGGGCAGAGUCUGGGAGUUCGGAGAGGGAGUGUGUAAGUUCCUGCACUACGUCUGCGGCAUCAGCAUGUACCUCAGCGUCCUGUUGAUUACCUUGAUGGGCGUCGACCGACACCUUGGCGUGGUAUGUCCCUUCCUGUCCCAGCGCGUCCGGACGAAGUCGAGGCUGUUCCCUAUCAUGGGCGGGGUGUGGGCGCUGGCUAUAGUGCUGCCCACUCCUCUGCUUGUGUACCGCCAGGUCCGAAAGGGGGAGUGUACCACGCAUUACCCCGGGCCCGCCCACCAGGUGUUCCACUAUUCCCUAGAGACAGUUACUGCGUUCCUGGUCCCCUUCAGCAUCGUGACGGUCUGCUACUUGCGUAUCGCUCGUACCUUAGCAUCCAGCUGCGCCCACUGGCACCACCGCUCCUACAGGAAGACCAACCGCUUCAUCGCACUGAUAGUCUUGGCUUUCGCCCUCUUGUGGGCUCCGUACCACCUGGUCAACAUCCUGCAGGUGGGGGCCAUUCUUUCCGGGUCCACGGAUUUGCUGGGGUUCUGUCUGCGAGCCAGGACGGUGGUCAUAGCCUUAGCUUACCUCAGCAGUGCUGUCAACCCUUUGCUCUAUACCAUGGCCAGCUCCUGCUCUGGCUCCUCCCUCACACGCUCUGGCUCCUCCCCCAAUGGUGUGGGGGGCGUGGCACUGCUGCUUGAGGGGAAGGCCUCCAACAUGGACACGCCCAGCAUGAGAGCAAAGCAUGAUGGUAGCGGUAGAGAGAAAGAGAAGGAGGACUGGGGAGGUGGGAAACAAGAGGGAGAGGUAGAAGAGAUGACAAUGGUUCCAGGGAAAAGAGAGGUGGAGAAGGAGGACAAGGAGGCAAAGGACGAGGAGGAAGAACAAGAAAAAGAGAGGACAAGUUCCAGGAAAAAGGAGGAGGAGGGAAAAAAUUUCCUGAAGGCAACGAAAUGACUGGAGGACCUGCUUGCCAGCCGGAUAUGACUCUUCUGAUAGCUGUCUUGUUGUGAAUGUUGAUCUCACCUCUAAGAGUUUCCUAGUCAAUCAACGGCAGCCAUAUCUUCUCUGAGAAAAGUGUUUUUAAUUUUCAUGCACUGGCACAAAAACAUGACAUGUCUUAAUGCUUUUGAUCAAAUAAAUGUGGUAAACAAUUAUACAAAUAUUGGUAACACUUUACAUUAUACAGUGCUCUUUUUACUCUAACAAUUUGGUAUUGCACUGUACUUACAGCAUUAAAUCACAUGCACACACGCAUGCACACACACAAAUGGAGAGAGGGAGAGAAAGUCAGACAGACAAAACAUACUGUAAAGAUAAUUGACUAAAUUCAACCCACACCCACUGAGCUUGAAUCACCACCUCUAAAAACAGAGAUAUGGUUCAGUCAGUCAUUAAGUCAGUCAUGAACCAUUUGGAAACAUGACUUCUACAUCUAGUGGCCAACCUGCGAACUGCAGGAAACUACAUUCCCUCCAAAACAGCUUCUGCAAUAGUGUCCAACUCAUUCAUCUUCCAGUCACUAUGGCCCAGAUUCCGACUCGUGUUAAGCGCGUGUAAAUAGAACUUUAUUCAUUUUCAUUCUGACCUUAAAUUUAAGCAUGAGAAUAGUAUGCUAUUCAUCCACUAUUCGUUCGAGGUGGAGACCGAAUAAAUGAAGGUGUGGCGGAUACGUCAUAUUCUGACCUUGACUUAAUUCCCUAAUAAUUCCACCACCUUUA